AACUUCUCUAAUCUAGAUGAGCGCGAAGCAGACAAUAAUAAACCUAUUAAAUUUGAUUCACUCGAGCAAGGAUGUGAGCAAAUUAAAUAUAAGUAUUUAGGGGUUUCAGGUGUUUAUAAAUUAACUAAUAAAAAUGACUUAAGUAGAUUUUAUAUUGGAAGUUCUAAUAACUUAGCCAGAAGAAUGGAGGAAUAUAAUAAAUUAACUAAAGGUUUACGAAAUCCUCAUUCAUCAUCGGAGUUAGAAAUAUCUAAAACUCUAGCUUUAGAUUGGAGUUUAGAAAUUCUAUAUAUUACUACUCCUCAGUUAUCUUUAGUUUAUGAACAAUACGCAAUAAUCGUAUUUAAACCAACAAUUAAUAGUAAUUAUAAAGUAAUUCCUCGGGUAAAUCCACAAUGGGGAAAUAAUUUAGAUCAUGCUAUUUCUGUUAUAGAAGAACUAUUAUCUUUAUUUAUUGUAGGUUCUGAAGGUUAUAAUAGAUUAUACGUAUUCCUACAAACUUUUAAAACAGCUAAUAAUUUAAAAUUUAAAGAUGAAGAUAUUGAUAAUAGAUAUUAUUGUUUUUUAGUAUUUGUAUAUGACUUAAAUUCCCCAAAUAAAGAACCUGUUAUUUAUUCUUCAAUUAAUAGAGCUUUAAAAGGUUUACAAAUUAGUUAUAGUACCUUAUUAGAUCACAUUGAUAACUAUUAUAUUUAUAAGUCACACUUUAUCUUAUCUUUUGAGCCAAUAGCUGCAGAUACUUUUGAAAAAUAUACGGAAAAACCGGUAGUUGAUAAUCAGCUACGAAAGCAUAUUAUAGUCUAUAAUCUAGAUAAUGAGAUAGUUAAAGAAUUUAAAUCAGGUAGAGAGAUGGCUGAGUAUUUCCAAAUUGAUGGAAAAGUAGCAAGAGCUGCUAUAGCCAAAGGUGAAUACCUGGACUUUUUACUGAUAGUUAAGAAUGUUUCCUAUCGAAAAGCAAUUUACGUAUUUGAUAGUAAUACACAUGAAUUAAUAGAUAAAUUAGAGAGUGUGUCAAGAGCCUUGAAAUACGCUAAAGUUAAUUUUUAUACACUAAAAAGUUUAAUCGAAAGUGGAAACUCUUAUCAAGGUAAAAUAUACAGCUAUAAAGAUAAAUUAUAA